AUGCCGAAGGAGUUGUCAAAAGAAUUUAAGCAACUUGCUUUUCGGGUUAUCAAUUUUGUCCAAAAGGAAAGGGCUGGUACAAUUAUUCCCUUGAAUAAUGUUAAUGGUCGUCUUGAAGCCAUUUUCGGAAUUUCAAAUAAAUCGGUCAAACGUUUGAAAGCAGAAAUGCGAGAGACCCUGGCUGUCGAAAAAGAACAACAGAGUAGCCAGCAUUCUCUACGUCGCACUACAUCGGCUUCUGCUUCUUCAUCUUCGUCUAUUCCUCGUGCAUUAUCUCCGUUGAAACAUCGAGCUGGUCGUCCCAAAAUUCUUCUGACUGAACUACAAAGAGACACUAUUCGAUUGACAUUCCAUCUGUUAUUGAAAGAUCGUGUAUACCCAACACUAGAAAAUAUUUUAUCUGCAUUGCCGUCCCAAGACGAACAUUUUCCCAUUAAAUCAAAGGCACCUCUACAUCGGGAAAUGAAACGAUUAGGCUUUACGUAUGGACAGACUCGAAAGGCACCUGUCUUACUUGAUGGUACGCCAUUUCAGGCCCAACGGGCAAUUUAUUUCCGUAAAUUGGAGGAAUUGAGAUCGUCGAAUGCCAUUAUUUAUUAUCACGAUGAAAUAUGGUGCAGCAAGAAUGAGGAGAAAACAAAUGUGUGGUUUGAUGAGAAUGGACAUGGACGUUUAAGGAACAGUGAAGGAAUGGGACAGAGGUUGGCUAUCAGUGGGCUGGUUAGUCUCGAUGGAUUUCAUUUACGCUCGUUGGACAUAUUCAAAUGUGAUGAUGUACAUAGUAUGGACAGCGCCCACUUUUCGUCAUGGAUGGAAACCGCUGCCAGUACAUUGAGAAUAGAUAAUGCGACGUGGCACAACAAAUUGACACCUGAAAGUGAAGCUCCUAAACGAGCUUGGAAGAAACAAUUAAUUGUGGACUGGCUUAUUAACAAAAAAGUACCAUUUUGGGCUUUCAUGACAUUAUACAGUCAACCAUUCAUUAAAUUUUGUGGAUCUAGAAACAGCGGUGCACACACAAAAUGUGGAAAAUGUGUGGAUGUGUGCGAAAAGAAAAAAGAAGAGUAUGAUGGACGAAAAUUUGAGGACCGGCCGUUUGAAAAUUUGAUGAAACAAAUUAAAGAACUGUAUCCGACUGAAAAUUGCCAUUUGAUAGGAUUUCUGUUCUGUAACCAAGCAAUAGAAGAUAGUGAUGGGCCGUCGUGUAGUCGUUAG